CCCGCCCCUGGCGCGGCCUCCCGCGGCCCCGCAACUCCCAAACGCCGAGUUUUCGCGGGAAAAAAAAUCAGAGCAGCUGGCAGUGCGGCGGGUAGUGGUGGCCGUCCAGGCGUUCCGGGUCGCAGGCAGGUCCGCGCGGGGUCCGGGGCCACGCACGCGUCUCUAUCGCCAUCCCCAGCCGGGCCAGGCGCGCAGGCAGGAGAGUGGAUCGGGGCGGCCGAGAGCACCAGCAGGCGCCAUGUGGAUCCAGGUUCGCACCAUGGACGGGAAGGUGACGCACACUGUGGACUCGCUGUCCAGGCUGACCAAGGUGGAGGAGCUGAGGCGGAAGAUCCAGGAGGUCUUCCACGUGGAGCCCAGCCUCCAGAGGCUUUUCUACAGGGGCAAGCAGAUGGAGGACGGCCACACACUCUUUGACUACGAUGUUCGCCUGAAUGACACCAUCCAGCUCCUGGUCCGCCAGAGCCUUGUGCUCCCGGCCAGCAGCAUCAAGGAGAGGGACUCGGAACUGUCCGACACGGACUCAGGCUGCUGCCUGGGCCAGAGCGAGUCCGACAAGUCCUCAAACAGCGGCGAGGCGGCUUCAGAGGCAGACGGGAAAGCGGGCCUGGCGGAUGAAGACACGUGGGACGAGACGGAGCUGGGCCUGUACAAGGCCAACGAGUAUGUCGACGCUCGGGACACGAACAUGGGGGCGUGGUUCGAGGCCCAGGUGGUCAGGGUGACGAGGAAGGCCCCGUCUUCAGACGAGCCCUGCAGCUCCAGCUCGACGCCAGAAGACGAUGUCAUUUAUCACGUGAAAUAUGACGACUACCCGGAGAAUGGAGUGGUCCAGAUGAGUUCCCGGGACGUCCGGGCCCGUGCCCGGCACAUUCUCAAGUGGCACGAGCUAGAGGUGGGCCAGGAGGUCAUGCUCAACUAUAACCCAGACAACCCCAAGGAGCGUGGGUUCUGGUACGAUGCAGAGAUUGUGCGGAAGCGUGAGACCCGGACGGCGCGGGAGCUGUACGCCAAUGUCCGGCUCGGGGGUGGUUCGCUCAAUGACUGUCGGAUCAUCUUUGUGGACGAGGUGUUCAAGAUCGAGCUUCCGGGCGAGGGGAGCCCCGUUGUCGAAAACCCAAUGAGAAGGAAGAGCGGGCCCUCCUGCAAGCAUUGCAAAGACGACGAGAACAAGACUUGCCGGGUGUGCGCCUGUCACCUGUGCGGGGGCAAGCAGGACCCCGACAAGCAGCUCAUGUGCGAUGAGUGUGACAUGGCUUUCCACAUUUACUGUCUGCGCCCGCCCCUCAGCAGCAUCCCCAAGGAGGACGAGUGGUACUGCCCCGAGUGUCGGAAUGACGCCAGUGAGGUGGUGCUGGCGGGUGAGAAGCUGAAAGAGAGCAAGAAGAAAGCGAAGAUGGCGUCAGCCACAUCCUCUUCGCAGCGGGACUGGGGCAAGGGCAUGGCGUGCGUGGGGCGUACCAAGGAGUGCACCAUCGUCCCGUCCAACCACUACGGACCCAUCCCGGGGAUCCCUGUGGGCACCAUGUGGAGGUUCAGAGUCCAGGUCAGCGAGUCGGGGGUCCAUCGACCUCACGUGGCGGGCAUCCAUGGCCGGAGCAACGAUGGGGCUUAUUCCUUGGUUCUGGCUGGGGGAUAUGAGGAUGAUGUGGACCACGGGAACUCUUUCACGUACACGGGCAGUGGUGGUCGAGAUCUUUCUGGCAACAAGCGGACUGCAGAACAGUCUUGUGACCAGAAGCUCACCAACACCAACAGGGCGCUGGCUCUGAACUGCAGUGCCCCCAUCAACGACCGCAAGGGGGCCGAGGCCAAGGACUGGCGGUCAGGGAAACCGGUGCGGGUGGUGCGCAACGUGAAAGGUCGCAAGCACAGCAAGUACGCCCCCGCCGAGGGCAACCGGUACGACGGCAUCUACAAGGUGGUGCGGUACUGGCCAGAGAAGGGCAAGUCCGGCUUCCUGGUAUGGCGCUAUCUCCUGCGGAGGGAUGACACUGAACCUGGCCCCUGGACGAAGGAAGGGAAGGACCGGAUCAAGAAGCUGGGGCUGACCAUGCAGUACCCGGAAGGCUACCUGGAAGCCCGGGCCAGGAAGGAGAAGGAGAAGGAGAACAGCAAGAGAGAGGCCCAGGAGGAAGAGGAGGAGAUGGAGGAGGAGGGGACCUUCACAUCCCCCAGGAAGGGCAAGCGCAAGACUAAGUCCGGAGGUGGCAGGGCUGGUGCUGGGUCCCCGGGAGGGACACCUAAGAAGAGUAAGGUAGAGCCCUACAGCCUCACUGCCCAGCAGAGCAGCCUCAUCAAGGAGGACCAGAGCAACACCAAGCUGUGGAGUGAGAUCCUGAAGUCACUCAAAGACGGGACGUUCCAGAAGUUCCUGAGUAAAGUGGAGGAGGCGUUCCAAUGCAUUUGCUGCCAGGAGCUCGUGUUCCGGCCCAUCACGACCGUGUGUCAGCACAACGUGUGCAAGGACUGCCUAGACAGAUCCUUCCGGGCCCAGGUGUUCAGCUGCCCGGCGUGCCGCUACGACCUUGGCCGGAGCUACGCCAUGCAGGUGAACCAGCCGCUGCAGGCCGCCCUCAACCAGCUCUUCCCCGGCUACGGCAACGGCCGAUGAUCCUCGAGCACUUCUCGCCGGCAGUUUUU